ACUCUAAGGCCGGCUGCACACAGGACGUGACAACGCGGCAACGCGGUAGCCAAUCACCGUCUUGUUUUCUAAUAUGUAACGAAGUUAUAUAAUCAGAAAACAAGACGGUGAUUAGCUACCGCGUUGCCGCGUGUCGCGUUGUCGCUUUGUCGCGUCCUGUGUGCAGCUGACCUAAAUUAUUAAAGUAACUGUACCGAAUAUUUUUUCGAUCGGAUAUUGUCGCAGAUUGCUGUGUUUAUUUGAAGCCACUAAAAGAAGAAAUUCUUGCAGCGUGAUUGGAGAUAAGCUUUUGACAGUUUCUUAUAAUUUAGAAAAAAAGUGAUCGAAUUUGAAACCGGGAGAAUUAAUUUUAUAUGAAAAUAUAAGUCUAUAGAAAAAUGCCACAGAACGAAUAUAUCGAAAGGCACCGUAAACUCUAUGGUCGCCGUCUAGACUAUGAGGAAAGAAAGAGGAAGAGAGAAGCUCGUGCUCCUCAUAAACGAGCUGAGCAAGCUCGUAAGUUGCGUGGUAUAAAGGCCAAGAUAUUUAAUAAAGAGCGACGUAAUGAAAAGAUUCAAAUGAAGAAGAAGAUUAAGGCUCAUGAAGAAAAGAAAGUCAAGGAGAAAUCUGACAAAUUACCAGAUGGAGCAUUGCCUGUAUAUCUACUAGAUCGUGAUGUUACAAAACGUUCGAAAGUGCUGUCUAAUAUGAUAAAACAAAAACGUAAAGAAAAAGUUGGCAAAUGGGAUGUACCCAUACCUAAAGUCAGAGCACAAUCAGAAUCUGAAGUUUUUAAAGUAGUGAGAAGUGGAAAAACAAAGCGGAAAUCAUGGAAACGAAUGGUAACUAAAGUGACUUUUGUUGGAGAGAAUUUUACAAGAAAACCACCGAAAUUUGAAAGGUUUAUCAGACCAAUGGCACUGAGAUUUAAAACUGCACACGUCACUCAUCCAGAAUUAAAAGCAACAUUCUGUUUACCGAUCAUUGGUGUAAAAAGAAAUCCAAGUUCUUCUAUGUACACAAGUUUAGGUGUUAUUACUAAAGGAACUAUUAUUGAAGUGAAUAUCUCAGAAUUGGGUCUUGUAACGCAAUCUGGCAAAGUUGUCUGGGGAAAAUUUGCGCAGGUUACGAAUAAUCCUGAAAAUGAUGGCUGUAUUAAUGCCGUUUUACUUGUAUAGACUAUUAUAUUAUAUUAUUUCUAAAUUAUUGUU